AUGAGUGUAAACCCCAGAAAAUCCAUUAACGCAAUUGCAAAGGGGCUGAAUUUUUCAAGGCACUCUUUCGGAGGAACCUUCGGUACAAAUGUCAUUCAUUCUCUUUUACUUUUCUCCUUUACGGCUUUCUUUCUUUUUUCUUUCUUUCUUUUUUCUUUCUUUCUUUUUUCUUUCUUUCUUUUUAUCUCUCUUUCUUCCUUAUUUCUCUCUUUCUUUUUUCUAUCUUUCUUUCGUUCUUUCUUUCGUUUUCUCUUUCUUCCUCUCCCUCUUUCUUUCUUUUUCUCUCUUUCUUUUCAUUUUUUUUCAUUUUUCUCUUUUUCAUUCUUUCUCUCUCUCUCUCUUUCUUUUUUCUUUCUUUUUAUCUCUUUCUUUCUUUCUUUUUCUCUUUUCUUAAUUUUUUUUCUUUCUACCUUUCUUUUGCCACAAUCGCUUCUUGUUCUAUCCUGUUUGCAAUUUAUCCUAAUGGUUCUUUAUUUUCAUCACAUUCUUAAUUUUCUUCUUAAUCUUCUUUUUGCAAUUUCCCUGAUAUUCAUUUAUAUAUAUAUUUCUUCUUCUUCUUCUUCUUCUUCUUCUUCUUCUUCUUCUUCUUCUUCUUCUUCUUCCUCAAAAGCGGAAGUUUCAUUCCCAGACAGCUUCACUCAGGUCGAGACCUGCGCAGGCGCAAACGCAUCGGUUCAAACCAUUUUGAACGUCAUUCGCUCUGUUCGUCGUAAACAUCGCCGCCAUUUUCUUUCUUUCUUUUUCGUUCCGUCACAAACGACUACAAACAGCAGCAGCAGCCGGGACGCAACCCCUGCCCAAACCCGGCAGCACCUAAAGUCUGCCUUGGCCCUGCGUGGCCAUUAUAUCGCUGCUGGCGAUGUGGGAGGGAGUUAG